GGGAGCCAGAGCACCACAUUGUUUUUAUAUAUUUAUAUUUUUUUUGGGUGGUGGAUCGACGAGUCAAUUCGAGAGGAUCAUGCGCGUGUUGAAAAAAAAAGAAGUAAAUACAACACAACGAGAGAGAAUAAAAAUAAGUGUAAACACAUAUUAUUACACAGGCGGUACAGCUACAUACAAGUAACAGCUACAUACAUACAAGCGCACGUUGCUUGCGAACAAUCGUCUGAUAUGCUUAGAUCCGUAAUUGGUGCUUCCGCACUCAGGAGGUCCCUCAGGACCUCCCCCAAAUGCAUAUACCGUGGGCUGAGCUUAUUCACCAAUCCAACAUAUAGUGAACCACGCUCGCUAGCGCAAACGCGCGCGCACACACAUAGUCGCACUUCAUUAAGUCUGAGGUCGUGUCCACAGCAAUCAAUAGUUGUCGGUUUCUGUAAACGUUCAGUACAGACCGAGGCUGAAGUUGAAGAGAAAGAUGUGCCAGCGAAGCAGUCUAAAAAGCCUGCAUCCCCACCGGAAAAAAAGGCAACUGCUGCCACAGCAACGGAAGAUAUACAGAAAGCGAUUAAGGAAACGGCUCCAGACGAUGUCUUCGCUGUGGUACACGUGGGGGGUAGCCAAUACAAGGUGACUGCGGGUGAUGUGAUCGUCACACAGACCGUGAGUGCCGAGGUUGGCAGUCGGAUCUACCUGGAGAAGGUUCUGUGCGCUGGCGGGCGGAACUUCUCUCUUGUCGGUGCCCCUCUGUUGGAUAAGUCUGUUGUGCGUGUCGAGGCCGUUGUCACAGAACACUCCAAGACCGAGAAAAUGGUGGUUUUCAAAAUGAAGCGCAAAAAGAACUACAAGCGUUGGAAUGGACACCGCCAGAACAUCUCCACACUGCGUAUCAUGGGUAUCGAUGUUAAGGGUAUCUGAGCUAGAAAAGUAGCAAUAAACAUAACAUGGACUGGUGUACGUCUUCUGAGACAAGACAGCAAGUUAUAUCCAGUCCUAAAAAAUAGUUGACAUGAAUCAUACUCGG